UGUAGUCUGCAGUCUGCUCUGAGAAUUUUUUAUACAUGUCCAGUGUAUUAAACACAAUGCGAAGAACAGAUGCUAAAACAACAGAAUUUGAAACCCUGGAUCCAACCUGCUGUCUUUCCUUUGCUAAGGUUUGAGGUUUGAAGACGGGCAGUGGAGGGGAUGCAGUGUGAGGGCUGGGAGGUCUGCCAUGGGACUGAAUGAUUGUGAGGGCCCCCCUUCUCCCCCGGCCCUGCGACGCCUGGACCGCACCUUGAGCUCUAGAGAGGCCCCCACGCCGCCUCACACCCCUGCCAUGGACCCCGAGGCCCCCCUGGACCUCAGCUUCCUGUCCGAGGAGGAGCAGAGCGCCAUCCUGCAGGUCCUGCUGCGCGACUCGGAACUGCGCAGCCUGGAGGAGGGCAGAGUCAGAAGACUGAGACACAGCGUGUUGGACCCCAGAGAGAUGAAGAUUCUGACGGGAGACUGGUUCAGCGAUAUCCGGUCCAUGCGGCACCAAGACCAGAAGUACGGCCCAGACAUCGUCCGUGCGUCCAUCCGGCGCAGAAAAACCCCCAAAGGUGAAGCGGAGCAGAAAGGAAGCCUGGCGCUGCAGAGGAACAAGGAGACCCCCAGCCUGCCCAACGAGGGCAAUGAAAGAGCAGCCAAGACAGAGGGGGAGGGAGAGAACAUUCUGUCUCUGGACACUGUGGACACACACUCACCUGCACAAACAGAAGAGGGAGAAGAGGCCGCACAGGUCAGUGCUUGUCCAGCGCUCCUCAAUGGCACUGCAGAUCCACAGGAGAGCGCUGCCCUCCCCUGCAGGGACCCUGAGGAGCUGGAGAGCGUGUCUCAGCCCGUCCCCACUGUGUCAGUGCAGCUGGAUUUUGAAAGUGACCUGGACUCGCUCUCGGACAACAACACCUUGGACCAGUCCAAGCCGUCCCCUAGUGGCCCGUCUGAGCUGCCCAGCCUUCUGAGCUCCAGCCUGCCAGCGAGGAGCCUGCAGUCCAACAACUCGGUGAGACACUGCACUGCACUGCCAUACACACCAUAGCACUGCACCAGCAACUAGCACUGCAAUACACA